CAAAUCACAAAGUUGAAGAAAGAAAAGAUAGUUUUAGGGGAAGAGUUGAAAAAGGAGAUGAAAGAAGAUAAUUUGUUUUGGCGAAGAAGAAAAGAUUAUUGGACAAAGGAGAAGGAUAUUUUGGAAAAGGAGAAGGAGAAUAUGAAGAAAAAGAGUGAAAAAGAAGAGAUUGAAGAAGAAGAUAGUAUGGAAGGGGUAGUAGAAAUUGAAGCUGAUAGUUUUAUGACUAUUCGAGAUUCAAGUGAAGAUGAUGAAGAAGAGAGAUCGAAAAAUAAAGGAGAAAGAAAAGUUGUUGAAGAGAAAGAAGAGAUUUUAGAUUUAGAUUUUGAUGAUGAAGAUUGGGUGGAUUGGCCAGUAUUUAAUUUGGGUGAUGAUAGAAUGGAGGGAAGUAAUAAAGAGUAUAAUGGUUCUAGAAUUCAUUACUAG